AACGAACCACGGAGCGUGAUGUCAAGUCGAGAGCCCUGUAACGUGUGAACCCGUCCCAGACACGACUUGGGGAUAUUUAGCUCUCGUUGCCUCCACUUGCACAUCGUCCGCCUUCCCUGCCCGCAAAACCCGCGGUUCUCAGACCCACUAUUCUCCAUAACCUUAAAAUAUGACGGACGUGAAAGAACUGGCCAAAGAGUGGCUGCGCAUCGACAGAGAUGAGGACACCAGGGACCAGAUCUACAAGCUACUUGUCCAGGGAAAGGACGAUGAGCUUAGGCGGCGUCUUACACCACGCAUAUCCUUCGGCACCGCCGGACUACGAGCCGGAAUGGAAGCUGGGUUCGCACGAAUGAAUUCUGUGACCGUAAUUCAAGCAUCCCAAGGCCUGGCUGAAUACCUGCUUGCCAAGUGCGACAACGUGAAGCACAGAGGAGUGAUCAUCGGACGGGAUGCCAGGCACAACUCGGAAAAGUUUGCACGGCUAACCGCCGCGGCCUUCGUUGCCAAAGGAAUCAAGGUUUGGUGGCUCGAGGACCCCGUACAUACGCCGCUCGUGCCGUUUGGCGUGAAAGAACUUAAUGCGGCGGGGGGCAUCAUGAUCACUGCAAGCCACAACCCUCCUCAGGACAAUGGCUACAAAGUUUAUUGGGAAAACGGCUGCCAGAUCAUACCUCCACACGACAAGGGCAUUGCAGCGUCGAUACUGGAGAACCUGGAGCCGAUAUCCUGGGAUUUGUCCGUCGUCGACGAGAACAUGCUUGUUCAGGGUACGUUAGGCUUGGUUCAAGACGCUUAUUUCAGAGCCGUAGCCUACUCUGCUGAUUGGGAAGGCAAGCUUAAAGAAGCUCCCGAUCUUCCCCUAAAGUUUGCAUAUACCGCUAUGCAUGGCGUUGGUCUAAAGUACAUGACCGCUGCUCUUGAGCACCUAGGCGUCGCGAAGUACAUGUCAGUCGUCCAGGAGCAAGCACACCCGGACCCCGACUUCCCGAGCGUCAAGUUCCCAAAUCCCGAAGAAAAGGGUGCGAUGGAUCUCGCGUUCUGGAGUGCGGAUCGGCACGGCAUCGACUUGGUCUUGGCAAACGAUCCGGAUGCCGACCGGUUCGCGGUCGCGCAGAAGGUGGAUGGCAAAUGGCAUCAAUUCACGGGGAAUCAGCUCGGCAUACUGCUCGCGUCGCACAUCAUGGACAGGUACUCGAAGCCAAGGGAAAAACUUGCGAUGCUGUCGUCGACGGUGUCAUCCCGCAUGCUGGCAGCCAUGGCCUCCAAAGAAGGGUUCCAUCAUGAGGAAACGUUGACCGGCUUCAAAUGGAUGGGGAACAUGGCCUUGUUUCUUGACGAGCAGGGCUACGACUCCCGGUUUGCGUUCGAGGAAGCCAUCGGCUACAUGAUACCUGGAGUCGUGCACGACAAGGACGGCGUGGCAGCGGCAGCAACGUUUCUCACAGCGGUCUUGGAAUGGCAAAAGCACGGGCUUACGCCGUGGCAGAAGCUGCAGAAGCUGUAUUCCAAGUACGGCCAUUUCGAAGACGCCAACACGUACCUCAUCAGUCCUUCUCCAGCGGUGACCGACGAGGUGUUUGAGCACGUCCGUUCGCUGGGUUCGCCGUAUCCAAGCGCGCUGGGCAAGCGCAAAGUACGCAAAUGGAGAGAUCUCACCAAGGGAUACGACUCCUCGACCGAUGAUCACACGCCGAGACUGCCCGUUGACGCAGACAGCCAGAUGAUCACGUGCGAAGUUGAUGGCGACGUUCGAUUCACGGUGCGAGGCUCGGGCACAGAACCCAAAAUCAAGUUUUAUAUCGAAGCGAAGGGACACAGCAGCGAAGCGGCGAAGAAAGUGGCGAACGAGGUGUUGAUGGAAUUGCUCCACGACUGGUUUGUUCCGGAAAAGUUUGGAUUGAAGCUACCGGCAUAGAAUUUUCCAUUUCCCCCCUUUUUUUCCCUUCUUUUCUUUUUUGUUGUUUUUUCAUAGCACGAAAAUGUACAGAAUAUACCCCACGCAGGCAUGAAUAGAAGCGGUUUUUCGCGCUCGUACUCCCUCACUUCCAUCGUGAGAGCAAAGAUUAGCACAUGCCCUUACCCAGAUCACACGAUGAAGUGGUCCAAAGUCCGAAUCUAUUUGUGUC